AUAUAAACAUACGAAUACAGGAAAACCGCCGAAUUUGCGUAUAGGUGACAUUACGGGACCAAUGCGCUGUCCCACAGUGCACUCCAAACUGCCGCAGAUGGAUGCGACAACAUAUGCGCAACUGCUGCAACCGCCACAGUCGCUACUGACUCUCUCCAGCCUCAGUGCCAUGCGCUCAGUCCAAAGGGACUCGACAAUAGUCUCCACCGAGUCGUGGAUUAGCCAUAAGAGCAGUAACAGUGCACAAGCCUUCCGAUCACCCUCUUUUAAACACGACACAAAUGACAGAGG